AUGGUCACAGCAUGUCUGUGGGGCCCCGAGCUGCUCGCCACCUCCUGGGAGGGCCCUGGUGAGCGGCUGGGGGCCGUGGCUGGGGGAGCACAGGGAGGGGGGAGCACGGUGCGGCGAGAGACAGGCCGGGAUGAGGGUGUGCCCCUGCCUCGCCCCGCUGGGGUGCGAGCAGCAGCUCCUGGGACAUCCCGGGGCGCUUGCCCAGGGAUCCCUUCCCAGGCCUGGGGGCCCAUGUGUCCAGCAUCAGGCGAGGGCAGCCGGGUGCUCCCAGCCCGGGACGGGCCCGGCAGCGCUCGGCCCCGCGCUGGCUUUAUUGCAGGGGGCAGAGCGGGGGGUCCCAGCAGCGCGGCGAGGGGCGCCGCGGGUGACCCCCGGGGACAGCGGGGACUCGGGGGUGGGAGUCUGAGCAGCGGACACGAGGACGCAUGGAGCGACGGGGCGCACCCUGGCACAGAGACACUAAUGCGAGGACGGGGGCCAGCGGGGCCAAGACACAGACGAGCGAGCGGCGGGGACGGGGGGACGAGGCAGGGGGGCCCCUGCCCCGCGCGUGCCUUUGUACACGCCCCGGGGGACCCCCGUGCCCGACGACCGGGGAUGGGGAGCUGCGGGCAGGGCGCCUGGCUUUGUGCUUUGGGCUUGGCCCAGGGCGGGAGGGGGCAGGGGGAUGGCAGUGUUGGGGACGAGGGCAGGCGAGCAGAGGCCUACUGGGGUCCCCUGGGAGAACAGAAGGGGCAGGGCAGGGGGCACGGGGGCCGGUAG